UCAGCUGCAUUGCGACGUUGUUAAUCGCGUUUUAUUUAUUUUUCUUGAUUUUGAAUAAUAUAUUUUCUAAUUGUUUUGCUUUAUAAAUAACCAUUUUUGCGGGAUAUGUGAUGCACCAGAGGCUGUGAUUGAAUUUAUAUAGCACAAUAUUGUUCUAUAUAUUAUACGAAUUCCGAAUUCGUACUGUUGCCAUGGUAUACGAGACCUCAUAUGAGAGUGGCCGCAGGCCAUUCAAACCUGACCUGGCUCGUGGCAAAUGGGAAAAGCCAACGGACUACAUUUACGCCUGUUUUGGUCUCGCACUUAAAUUGGAUUUAUUUAUUGUUUCAUAUUGGUUCUAUUUUGAUAUGGGCCUAUUCGGCAUGUUGCCCUACUAUAUCUAUAUGGCCAUAUAUCUGGUGCCGAUCCUGGUCAUACACUCUUUUAUGGGUCAAUUCUCGAGCAGUGGCUUCAUCUCCGCCUUUCGCGUCUCGCCCUUCUUCAAAGGCAUGGGCUACGUGAGUCUGGCCCUGAGUCUAGCCAGUCUGCUCUUCUAUGGAAUCUUUGCCAUUGUCCCACUGAUAUUCAUAAUGCAUUCCCUGCGUCCCACACUGCCCUGGAGCUGCGAAGGCUUUAAGCCAGAGGAAAAUGUAACAACUAUCUGUAAUAUGACGGACACUCAAGUCCAAACGGUGCUGAGCAGCGAAAAUGAAUCGGAUAUCUUUGAAAUGACUGUGGUGCACGUGCCCUCCGUGCUUUAUUUCAGACAGCACUAUGAGACACUAAGGAGUGAUUUUUACAUGGGAGAAAGGCCCGACUACGAGUUAUCCUGGCAAAUUGCCGGCUUCUCAGUCGUCAUUUGGUCGAUCAUCACAUUUAUAUUCUUGAAGUUCUCGGAGACAGCCAAGUUUGGCAAACUGUUACGCUACAUGAUCCUGUCAACCUUGGCGCUUUUGCUGGUGUGUCUGGUGCGUUUCAUGUUUCUACCCGGCGCCUUGGAUGGUAUCACCCACUAUGUGAAGCCGCGCAUGGAUUCGAUGGUGGAUGGCGGGCUCUCCAUGACAAUUAUCGUGCUGCAGGCCUUUGGCUCCGGCUGGGGCAGCGUCAUGGCAUUAUCGAGCUUUAACAACUUCAAGACGAACAUCAUGAGCUACAGCUGGAUAAUUGCCUUCGGUCAGACACUUGUUUAUAUACUCUUUGGUUUGGUUACCUUUAUGCUGGAUCAUUAUUUUGAAACCAUGAAGUCCAACAGCUUCAGUACGUAUGUGGAGGUGAACUGGGUAGUGUAUCUAUCGAGUGCCAGUGCUUUGUCCACCCUGGAAGUGCCCAAUUUAUGGACCAUCAUCUACUAUACCAUGUUGCUGAUGGCUUCUAUAAUUGUGAUGAUCACGCAACUCUUUACGGUUUUCACCAGCCUGUUCGAUGAGUUCGAGCUGCUGCGAAAUUAUAAACAACAGGUUACAGUUGGUGUAUUGUGCUUCUUGGCCAGUGCUUCGCUUUUCUUUUGCACGAAUCAUGGAGUUAUGUACUUCUCGGCGUUAUCCUUGGAUGCCAUUAUGAUCCAUAGCGUUAUGCACUUGCUUCUCCUGUUGGCGGUGCUUUGGGUCUAUGGACGUGAGCGAUUCCAACGCGAUAUAGAAUUCAUGAUUGGACAGCCAUUCGCCUCGUGGAAGAUAUUCAUAUUGCGCUUUAUAGCACCGCUUUUUCUGUUGUAUACCUUGCUCAUUGGGGUAUUCAUUUCAUCCAUGGAACAUGCGUUCAGCUCCUCCGUUAUGUUGCACAUAAGCCUGAUUCUGGUGUUGGUGCCCAUGCUCUUUAUACCGGGCUAUGGCGUGUUUAUAAUGUGCCAGAAUACGGGCGGAUUUUGCGAUAGGUUUAGGCGCGCCUGUCGACCCAAUGAUUGGUAUCCCACCGAAAUGGAGGACCGCCAGCAAUAUGAGGAGGUUGUGGGCAAUGCUGAUAUCACACAUCAGCUCUAUGAGGUCACUGAGGAGGUGAACUAAUGUUGAUGAGCUUUGAGAUUUGUUAAAGGUUUGCGCCCUGCGAUAUCCCGUAUACAUAUAAUAAAAAAGAUAUUUUGUCAAA